GUGCUGGGAUUAAAGGUGUGCACCACCACUGCCCAACUUAACUGAUUAUUUUUAUGUGUGCUUGUUUUGUCUGUUUAGUUCACAAUUCCUCUUGGAAGAAGUUUACAUAUCCUAACAUGUUCUGAAAAGUCUUUAUUUUUUAUUAAAGAGUUCCUUCCUUGCAACAAUGAAAGAGAUGUAUUGCAUCGCUAAGUUACUACCCUUGAGGUCUAUAUAUUGAGAGUCUGAGAAACUGUAUAGUUAUCCAAGAACAGAAAUUGUCCUUAAUUUCUUCCUUUCCUCCCUCAUUUUCUGACUCUUUCAUGGCUGUAUCUGGUUGGCUGCCAGCAUCCGUCUCAGGUUCCUGAAAUGCCGGACUCUAGAGUGCCAACACCAUAUUCCUGUCAGAUAGAAGUAAGUCACUCUUAAUUUGAGACAUUGUAGUUAGUAACCUUCUUUAUCAAGGAUAAGUUAAAUAUUUACAAAGUCUUAGAUUUUAAUGAUAACAAUGGAAGAUCAACAAAACCUAUGGGACUUAUAAUGUAAGCAGACAAUUUUUUCUUUACCUAAGGCAACCAAGAAAUAAAUUUGUUUAAGUUAUAGUGAUUGCACAAGAAAAUUUAUGUUUCAUUAGUCAUAUAUUAAUGUAAGCACCCAACUUUUUCCUUUUUGCCUUAUCUUUAUUUUGUUUUUAUCUGAAACAGUCUUCUAUAGCCCAGGCUGAGUGCAAACCCACUGUGUAAGCCAAGGAUGGCUUCAAACUUUCUGCUAAGAUUACAGGCAUGCACGCCACUCUUGGAUUUCUGCAUUGCUGUGGAUUGAACCUGGGGCUUCGAGCAUGCUAGGCAGACUACCAACUAAGCUACACCUCCAUCCAAAGCUCAGCCUUUAUAAAGUACAAUACCUAAGAAAUUAUAACACUAACAUAUAUUUACAGGAAAAUACUUCUCCCCAAUGAAAAGAUCCCUAGUAUAUUUAAAUAUCCAAAUAAUUCAUACUAGUGUUUCACAGAAAAUAGCACUUUAUUACUGUAAUCCCGGUCAUGAUUUCUGUAUGUAGAUUUAUAAGUGAACUUUAGUCAGUGCACUGAUAAUUUCCCUUUUUAGUAGAAUUAAUCACCACAAAACAAACAAAAGAAUUGUGAUUGUUCUGACCUUGAAAUGCGCUUCCUAGCGCAAAUAUUUCAGAGUUCAGCAGAGCACCAUGGAGUGUCAUGAUGCUGUCAUAUGUGGGUCAGGACUCAGAAUAUUAUAAAAUGACUGGAAAUACAUGUAUAUGUAUGCAUCUGUAAUUUAUAAAAUAUAUACUGGUUUAUUCGUGUGGUUUUAAAUGAUUUACUAUGGUCUUCAUCAUAACUGGAACAAAAGCAGUGACCUCAGAGGAAUACUCUUACCGUUAGACUGCACCAUUGACUUUGGAAGGAAUAAUUCCCAUUAUCCUCUCAGCCGCUACUGUGGGCGGUCUAAUGAUUCCAAGGACUUUAAAUUAUCCCUUCUCGGAUCUUCACACCUCUCCUAAUUGUUUUGUCAUCUGUUCCGAAUCAUUUCUCCUUGUGCCGUCACCUCUCUCCCAUUGCAUUUUCAGGGUGUUCUGUUUAAAUUGGUUUGAAAACAAUAACCAUUUUCCCAUUUUAUGUUUUUUGAACAAAGUAAUAAGCAACUUUCCAUAUCUGCCAGCAUUUCACUUAGCCAACAAACAUAUCUUUCACUGAAAAUGUAAUCCCUUAGUAGUUCAGAAUAUGUGAAAGUCAGCAAAAGUUUGCCCUUACUAGAGCUGAUCUGAAGGCCAAGGCGAUGCUCAGGAUAAAGCAGACUGGUUCUCAGAACAACCUACCACCAGAGCGCUCUCAGCAGAAGGAGCAGUGUUAGCUGGAUGUUCUUUUCUGUAACAAACCAAGUCUAUAGAAACUGGCAUGAAGUUGGGAAGUUACUUCUCCUUAUCCUCAGAUCGUUCCUGCUUUUCUUCAAGCUAAGAUCCAACUCAUUCAUCGCAAUUGUCAGUUUGUUGGCUGCAUCUUCGGCUUUGUUCACCAUUCUAAGUAUUCCAGCUCUACUCCAAGCUCCAAAGGGCUCCAACUUUCCAAGAGCUCUCUCCGCCACGAUCCAGUAGCAGAGCAGGGAUGUCUUACUGACCUUAGAAGGCAUUUCUCAGAAACUGCUUUCCUCUUCAAACUCAGUGGAUAACAUACCUGCUUUGCCUACUUUGACCUUGGACUUGCACCAGUGUUCCAUUAUUCUCUUCGUUGUGAAAGGACAAGAUGCUGAGCUCCGUGGCUGCUGCGAAGGACCACCAGCCAGCCUGAAAUAAGCCGAGGUGGGCUCCCUCACCACUGUAGCUGCCACACCAUCUCCAAACAAUGAAUAAAAGGAAAGUGACAUCCUCAUCACCCUAGUUAAAAGAUAUUGCUGUUGACUAAAGCCUCCUUCUCUUGGAGAAUACAAUACAUGACUGUAGGACAACUAUUAUCCCUACAGUCUCCCUGAAAAUAAAAAUGUGGCUUUUUCAUCUAUAAAGAAUAAUAUCACAACUUCUCUAUCUUUUGAGUUUGAAGUAAAAAUUAUAUAGUCAUGCAGUAUGUUUAAUGAGAUUCCAAGACCCUGAUUUUAUUCUAUUCAAAAUUUAUUACCUUUGGGGGAAUUUUAAAUCUUUCUUAAUGUAGCUGCUUCAGAAAAGAAGGAGAAUGAGGAUAUGGUUUAACGUGGUCUUCAAAAUCCCAGGGUUCUGAAAAUAUUCAAAGCCAAGUGGAAGGAAAAUGGAGUGGUCCAGAUUCUGAAACUCUACUCUGAAAUCUGAAAGUCGACUUUUCCCUCUCUAAUGUUUUCUUCAUCCUCCAAACCUCUCUUUGUGGCCUGAGAAAUUAUCAAGUAGUCAAGCUAUAUAACAGAAUAAAUGGAAGACUGAUUUUCUCCUCUUGGAGUGAGAGAGAUAUUUUAAUUUUUCAGUAGCACAUGGGGAAAACAGAUAAUUUGGACUACCGGUUCUUCAACACAAUACAAAUUGACAAUAUAGCUAUAAGGAAAUGAACAUUGCUUCUUCUUUACAUAUAAUACAUACAUACAUGUGCACAUACAUACUGCAUACAUACGUACUAUUGUAAAAAAAAAAUUACUAUUUCCCUGGCAGUAAACCAGGACUUAAGAUACCUGAUUACUUCGCAAGAAGUGCAGUAACUUGUUAGGACUCUGGGCGCCGCUGUUCACCAACCUGGGAGAUACAUGCUCUAUACUACCCGCCCAAUUUAAAAAAAAAAAAGAGGAAAAAAAAAAAAAACGUUUGACUCUCAGACUCUCCAUCAUGCCAGACUGAAAAUGUCUGCCUGCAACUGCCCAGCAUAUUUCUGGACAUCUCUCUGUUAUAAUUAUUUUCAUUAUUAAGAUAAAGAAGAUCCUGGAAAAGCAGGAAAACAAUACCCUUGAUAGCAAAUUGAGAGAAAAGUAGGAAGCCAGAGAGCAAUGGCGAUUCCAGAGAAGCUAACCGGUUGGAGCCGGCUGAUGCUGCUGUGCCUUUCUCUGGAGCUACUACUGGAAGCCAGGGCUGGAAACAUCCGCUACUCGGUGCCGGAAGAAACAGACAAAGGCUCCUUCGUGGGCAGCAUCGCCAAGGACCUGGGGCUCCAGCCGGGUGAGCUGGCGCAGCGGGGGAUCCGCAUCGUCUCCAGAGGUAGGUCGCAGCUUUUCUCCCUGAACCCGCGAAGCGGCAGCUUGGUCACCGCGGGCAGGAUAGACCGGGAGGAGCUGUGCGCCCAGAGCGCGCCCUGUCUCGUGAGCUUUAACAUCCUCGUGGAGGAUGAAAUGAAGCUUUUCCCUAUCGAAGUAGAGAUAAAUGAUAUUAACGACAACACCCCCCAAUUCCAGUUAGAAGAGCUGGAAUUAAAAAUGAGUGAAAUAACGACUCCGGGUACUAGGAUCCCUCUGCCUCUUGGGCAAGACCUUGAUGUGGGUAUAAACUCACUUCAGAGCUACCAGCUAAGCGCCAACCCUCACUUCUUCCUGGAUGUGCAACAGGGACCUGAAGGAGCACAACAGCCAGAGAUGGUGCUCCAGAGCCCUCUAGACAGAGAAAAGGAUGCUAGCCACUACCUUGUUCUCACUGCCUCUGAUGGGGGUACCCCAGCACACUCGGGGACGCUGCAGAUCCGCGUUCAGGUGGUAGAUGUGAACGACAACCCACCAUCAUUCACUCAGGCAGAGUACCACGUGAGUGUCCCAGAAAACAUCCCACUAGGUACCCCGCUGCUCAAGGUGAAUGCUACUGACCCGGACGAGGGCGCUAAUGGCCAAGUAACAUACUCCUUUCACAAUGUAGACCACAGUGUGGUCCGGAAGUUUCAGUUGGAUUCUUACACAGGAGAAAUAAGGAAUAAAGAACCACUAGAUUUUGAAGAAUACAAAGUUUAUCCAAUGGAAAUUCAAGCCCAGGAUGGUGCUGGACUCAUGGCUAGAGCUAAGGUGCUAGUCACUGUUUUGGACGUUAACGAUAAUGCCCCAGAAGUUGGAAUCACCUCUGUCACUACCGAAGUACCAGAAAACUUUCCUCCUGGGACCAUAGUUGCUCUUAUCAGUGUGCAUGAUCAAGACGCUGGUAACAAUGGUCAUGCCACAUGUUCCAUUCCUGGAAACCUACCCUUUAAACUGGAGAAGUUAGUUGACAAUUAUUACCGCUUGGUAACAGAAAGAACACUGGACAGAGAGCAUAGCUCUGGGCACAACAUCACAAUAACAGCAACGGAUCAGGGAACUCCACCCCUAUCUACCCAAGCUCAUAUCUCACUGCUAGUGACGGAUAUCAAUGACAACCCUCCAGUUUUUGAACAGGACUCCUACUCUGUCUACAUUCCUGAAAAUAACCCCAGAGGGGCUUCCAUCUUCUCAGUGAAGGCCCAGGAUGCUGACCACAAUGAGAACGCACUAGUGACUUACUCCCUAGUGGAAGACACUAUUCAGGGAGUGCCUUUGUCUUCGUACUUCUCCAUCAACUCUGACACUGGCGUUGUCUAUGCAUUGCAGUCCUUUGACUACGAGCAGUUUCGGGAUUUGCAGCUAAGAGUGAUGGCUCGGGAUAGUGGGAGCCCGCAACUCACCAGCAAUGUGUCUCUGAUCCUGUUCUUGAUAGAUCAAAAUGACAAUGCCCCAGAGAUCCUGUACCCUGCCCUCCCCACAGAUGGGUCCACUGGUGUGGAGCUAGCACCCCGAUCUGCCGAGCCCGGUUACCUGGUGACCAAGGUAGUGGCAGUGGACAAAGACUCAGGACAGAACGCUUGGCUGUCCUACCGCCUGCUCAAAGCCAGCGAGCCAGGGCUCUUCUCAGUGGGGCUGCACACAGGCGAGGUACGCACUGCCCGGGCCCUGCUGGACAGAGAUGCUCUGAAGCAGAGCCUGGUGGUGUCUGUGCAGGACCACGGCCAGCCCCCUCUGUCCACCACAGUCAUAUUUACCAUAGCAGUGGCUGACAGCAUUCCUGAACUCCUGGCUGACCUGGGAAGCAUUGGAACAGCUGCCGAUCCCCAGGAUUCAGAUCUCACACUCUACCUGGUGGUGGCAGUGGCUGUAGUCUCCUGCAUCUUCCUAGCCUUUGUCAUCGUGCUCCUGAUGCUCAAGCUACGACACUGGCACUCCUCGCGCUUGCUCCAGACUUCAGCAAACGGAUUGACUGACAUUCCUACCUCCAACUUUGUGGGUGUUGACGGGGUACAGGCAUUUCUACAGACCUAUUCCCAUGAGAUCUCACUCACCGCUGACUCUUGCAAGAGCCAUCUGAUCUUCCCACAGCCCAACUAUGCAGACACGCUUAUCAGCCAAGAGAGCUGUGGGAAAGGGGAAUUUCUGUCGGCACCCCAGUCUCUGCUUGAAGAUAAAGAGGAAAUACUUUCUCAGCAAGCCCCGCCCAACACCGACUGGCGUUUCUCUCAAGCCCAGAGACCCGGCACAAGCGGCUCCCAAAAUGGUGAUGAAACCGGCACCUGGCCCAACAACCAGUUUGAUACAGAGAUGCUGCAAGCCAUGAUCUUGGCCUCUGCCAGUGAAGCUGCUGAUGGGAGCUCCACUUUAGGAGGGGGCGCUGGCACCAUGGGCUUGAGUGCUCGAUAUGGACCCCAGUUCACCCUGCAGCAUGUGCCCGACUACCGCCAGAAUGUGUACAUCCCUGGCAGCAAUGCCACACUGACCAAUGCAGCUGGCAAGCGAGAUGGCAAGGCUCCAGCAGGCGGUAACGGCAACAAGAAGAAGUCCGGCAAGAAAGAGAAGAAGUAAUAUGGAGGCCAGGCCUUGAGUCACAGGGCAGCCUCCCUCCCCAGCCAGUCCAGCUUGUCCUUACUUGUACCCAGGCCUCAGAAUUUCAGGGCUCACCCCAGGAUACUGGUAGGAGCCAAGGCCAUGCUCCCCCAUUGGGAAACAGAAACAAGUGCCCAAGUCAACACCCCCUCUCUGUGCCCUAGGGGGUUGAAUAUGCAAAGAGUUCUGCUGGGAACCCCUAUCCAUCCAAUCAGUGAUUGCACCCACAUGGGUAGUAGGGUUAGUGUGGACACAGAAAACCAUGCCACACUCCCUUAGUUACAGCUGAACUCCUCCACCUUCCAACUCAGUCAGGCUCAUUCAUCUCCUGCCUUCCUCUCCCACCCCACCCACUCCUUCAGUCCCUCUCUUGAGCAAGGGCUGUUGAGGGGACAGGUGACCCAAGCAGGCUCCUAGUUCUGAAUUGUUGGAAGACUAUCACAACCUUUUGGCCUCUCCUUCAGUUCAGCUUCCCCUCAAAGCAUGGUUUGGUACCAGUCUUCUCAUUUCCUUCUAGAGCCCGAGAUUAGUGCUUAAGUUUAGGGGGACAGUCACCACCCCCUGGUAUUGAUGCUUGCUGGGUUUUGGGAAGGCAUUUUGCUACCAAGUCUCUUUUCAAUGCCUGGGGACCAGUCUUUUGUGUUUCACUGUUUGAUGUUCCCACUGCAUGCUGUGACUCCCCUGCUCCUCAAAGAAGAGACUCCUUUGCAUGUCUGGAGACAGUAGGGGGUGGGAAGCUAAAGGGAAGUUGAAUGUGGGGCAGUGGACAAAACAGCCCGCAAACAGGGUGUGCGGGGCUCUGUAUGUACCCAGGGUACGCCCAAUCCCCCAAUUCUAGCCAUAGACAAACACCAGGUCAGACCCCUCCAUCCUGGUUCAGCCUGGGCUGAGCCACCAGGACCAGUGGUUUUAAGCUGGCAUUUCAGUCCAAGAAGACUUCUAAGUGGUUUUAGGACCAGAGAAGAAAGAGGAGCCUCUGUGGGUGCUGGGUACUCCAGAGGUGCCCCUGGUAGAAGGGUCAGUGGUCCUUGCAGGAAGGGAGACCAGGCAAGGCCAUUCUUGGCCCCAAGGAGCUCGAACAAGGGAUCAAGUGGCCAUAAAGUCUCAGCCAAUGGUGGGGCUUCUCCACUGGGCCCCUGUAGUUCUCAAGCCCCUGGCCUCCACCUUACCGGGUGCCAUUUCUUCUCAGAAGGCCUCUGCCCAGGCCCCAGGCCGCCCCUUCGUGGCCAGAGACUGGUUAAAGCCCCCCAGUGCCUCCUUGUGCAUAGAACUUCCUCUGCCCACCUCCUCUGACCCCGCCCUUACAGUAGUAUAGAAGCCCCCACCCCCACCCCCGGCUGGUGUAGAAUAGCCAAUAGUGUAGUGUGGUGUGCUUUUACGUGAUGGCGAGGUGGGCAGAGGGCCGGUGGGCUGUGCGCAGCCGUCUGUCCUUGACUCUCAAUCUGCCUGCGCAGGCCUGUGCUGUGUUUUGUGCUGUGUCCACAACGCUGCGGCGACCCCUCCCUGUACUGACUCCUCUAUAAAAAGCUUCUCUUCGCAUAGUCACGUAGCUCCUGCCCAUCCCCCUUCUGAUAUCUCUCGCAAGUUUUAUACUCUAAUAUUUAUAUGGCUUUUUUCUUCGAAAAUUAAAAAUUAAAAAAAAGUUUUCUU